AUGGCAGUCAAAGUUCCUGAGGCGCCAAGACCGACCUUGAUCCACUACAACAAAGAGAUCUCCAAGUGCUCCAAGUGUAAAGGAGAGCAGUGGCAGAGGGCCAUUAUGCUACUGCGGAAGGUGCAAAGAAACGACUUGGAAGCCAAUGUCAUUAGCUACAACUCAACCAUCAGCGCCAUCGGCCAGUGGAAUCGAGCCAUUCAUUUGCUCAAGGAGGUUCAGAUGAAGGAUUUGGAAGCCGAUGUCAUCAGUUUCAGUACCACCACGAGUGCAUCUCAAAAGGCUACCGAGUGGACCUGGGCUGUGUUGGGGCUUGAGAUGAUGAGAACCUCAGGGAUGAAACCAAAUGAGAUCAACUAUGGAACUGCACUCGGUGAGAACUGGCAGCAGGCUCUGGAGAUGUUUUCUGAGAUGUCGAUGUCAAGACUGCGGAAAAACGUCAUCUCAUAUGGCAGCUUGAUGUGCAUUUGCGAAGCUGCCGGAAAGUGGCAGGAAGCAGUUCUGCUCCUAAAAGCCCUGGAAGAUGCGGCCCUAAGCCCAAAUGCCUUGAUUUUUCGUGCUGCCAUUGGAGCCUGUGGCGCCCAGUGGCAGCAUGCGCUCAAACUGCUGAGCCAGGCAAAAGAGUUGAAACAAAGAAACUUGAUGACUUGCAAUGAAGCUAUCUCAGCUUGUGGUAAAGCUGGUGAAUGGCAACAGUCUUUGAAGAUCCUCAUUGAGUUGAUCGAACAUGGACAUCUCAGCCCUGAUGCGAUUUCCUUUGGAGCCGCCAUGAGCAGCUGUGAGAAAUUCUCGGAAUGGCAGCAGGUCCUGGAGUUGCUGCAGCUGGCUGGGGGGCUCGGUACCACGGAUGCUGUCCUGUACAAGUUGGGCAUCAGCGGUUGUGGGGCAGCAGCUGCAUGGCAGGCCAACUUGGACAGAUCUCUCCUCAACAGCGCUAUCUCGGCCUGUCGGUCAUGGCAGCAGGCAGUGGCUCUGCUGAGCCGGGCCAGGGCUUUGCAGGUGCUGCCAGACACGGUGAGCCACAACUUGUUACUGAGCUCCCUGGGCGCUGAGGAAUGGCCAACGGCCCUAAAGACUCUGAGGUCCCUAAAAACUGCCCGAAUUGUGGGGGGGAUUAUCAGCUACAAUGCCUUGAGCAGUGGCUUGGGAAAAGCCGGGAGAUGGCGAAAGGUGCUAGAGACCUUGACCUUCAUAGGUUCCAACCACUUGGAAGCUACCGACAUCACUCACACCGCGGUUCUGUCCAGCCUAGGCCACCCACAAACCUCAGUCUCGAUGCGGAGAUGGCGGCUGGCGCUGCUGUUGCAGGGCCGCCUGGAAGAGCGCAAUGGCAUCAUUUGCAACGCGGCCAUCGGGGCCUGUGAAGCGGCUGGCAGGUGGUCUGAAGCAUUGGCUCUACUGGAAGAGACCCGAAAACUGGGGCGAGUCAGCAGCAUCAGCUUCAAUGCCACCAUCAGCAGCUGCCAGAAGGCUUCAGUUUGGCAACUGGCAAUUUUUUUGUUGCACAAGAUGGAAGAGGAGAGAUGUUUGGCCAACGUGAUCAGUUGUAAUUCUGCGAUCUCUGCCUGUGGUGAUGCUUCCGAAUGGCAGGCUGCCAGCUGUUUGUUGGAGAUGAUGAUGGGUCAGCCCGGUCAGCUUGAGCCGAAUGUUGUAAGCUGCAAUGCCAUGCUCAGUGCUUGUGCAAAUGCCAACGUUUGGCAGCAGACUCUGGCCUGGUUGGGCUGGGCAGUUUCCAGGAGCCUGGAGGUUGAUGUGAUCACUUGCAAUGCGGUCGUAAGUGCCUGUGAAGAUGCAGGCAGGUGGCAGCAGUCCUUGAUGUUGCUGGAUGUAUUUGCCAACAAGCAGGUGAAGUGCAACAUCAUCUCAUGCAAUGCUGUCAUCAGCGCCUGCGAGAAAGCGAGUGCAUGGCAGCAGGCCUUAUUCCUCCUCCAUGCAACGAAGCUUCAGAGACUUCAGCCGAGCGUCGUCACGUACAACGCUGCCAUCAAGUCGGCUGAGGGUGGUACUGCCUGUAGCUGCUGGCAGCAGCAGCUACUUCUGCUGAUGGAGAUGGAAAUGAAUGGCCUGCGACCCAAUGUGGCCACCUGUGCUUCGGUGUUGAAUGCUUUCACCAGGCAUCAGAUGAUCCAUUCCAUCUUGCAGAUCUUGGAUCGGAUGGAUGGGAUGGCGAUGGCGACAUGGAUGGCGACCGCUGGGUAGGUCAUUGACAUCGCAGUUUCAGCUGCCUGGGAGCACAGAAGCACAGCUGUCAUCCCUGGUGCAACAUGGUGCAACAUCAUUUCCCACAUCUGCAAGAAAGGUAGCGUCGUAGCCUUUCAGAUUGACCACUCACACCUGGAUCAAA